GGCCGCCUUUCGUAUGGAAACAAACUUGCCGAUAAGUUAAUUCUUCAAGGAGACAAGGUUGAGCGCACUCCUUCAUUUCGUAGAGUUUACAAUGCUCAGCUGAGUCCUUUCCAUCGUGCUGUAUGUAUAUGAGUGUGUCCAGCUGAUCUUGUCAGUUACGAUACUAAGGCAAGCUUCUUUGAGUGUGGAUCCCAAGAAGGGCAGUACGAGAGAGCUAGGGAGUGACACAUACUUUAAAGGCUUGCAAUGGUAGCCGCAUAUCUCCGCUGACCAGCAACUCCCGGAGGUAAACAAAACCACGUGGAUCAGCUGAUGGCAACGUCAUUACCUUACUAUAGUGGUGGUAAGGGGGCUUGUAGGAGGCUUCGGAACUCACAGGGCUGCCUCUGCUUGUAGUACCACCGUAGAGUUUUAUGUAUUGACGCAGAGACUUGUCACAAUAUCCAGUAAAGCUCAGAGUGAAGACAAGCGUAACGUAAGGUUGCUGCUGUAUCUCCAAGACCAAUUACACACGCAAGGAGUUAAGCUGUGUUUCUGCAGUCAUGAGUGAAAUAAAACGCGUAAUAGAGGAAUUGUUCAACGUUAGAGAGGAUGAACAGAAGAUAAAAGCAGGGUCUUGUAAGAUUGUGUGUUCACUGGAGCCAAGUGAGAGAGCGUUACUCGAGGCUCAGAUCACAGCCAGGCUACAGCAUCUUUUGGAUCAAGAACCAACUCAUGCCCUCUUAGUGUGUCAGCGCUGUGAGGGAUGUCCAGCCUUGCGGAGGGUACUGAGAGGGCCUUGCUGGGCUGUCUUGCUGAGGGUUUGCCUCGAACACCUUGGGGCACAGCAGGAUGGGCAGCCAUGGCCAUCACACCAUCUUCCGAGGGCUGUCAGGGUCCUUUACAUUGUGCUGAAGGAACAACCCACACAGGACCAUCACCAAGACUGCCACCAGAACACCCAGCAAAAGAAUCAACACUUGACCAAACAGCACCAACUUGACAGCCAGCAACAGGGACAAGUUAAUGACUUGCAGUAUGAAACAGCAACAUUCAGGCCACUACUAGAUGCAGCUCGUGUAACCCUCACCCUGGCAUUGCUGGAUGGUGGAUCUUUGGCGUCUGGGAGCCAUGCCCUUGUGGCCUCUACAACGCUGUGCCUGUUGUUGCAAUACUUAGAACAGAAGGGAAGCAUCAUUGCAUUCCUUGACACCCUUUGGAUCCUGAACCAUCUGGCAGAAAAGAGGAAAGUUAUGACAAACACCUUUUGUGGAAGAAAUACAGAUGUGAGAUAUGAUGAUGAGGAAAUGAGUGGAAUGAAAGACCAUUUUAGAUCACCAGAGAAAGUCAAAGAAAGCACAGCAAAUGUGACCAUCAAGAAGAGCAUCUCAGUAACGAGCUCAUUGAGGUGGGAAGAUGUGAGGACAGCCAUUGAGUCUGCCAGGAGGGGAGACGAAGGCAGGAAACUCAUGAAGAGGAACUUUGAGGGAAUGGAAGGAAGCUAUUCAUCCUCCACACUCCUCCUCCAGGGAAUGCUGAAUGCCGGAGGAAAAUUGCUGAUUCAUGAGAGUGAGGAGGAGGAGGGACAUAGAGGAAGGAUCUUUCUGUUCUCCCUCCAUCCACUCCUUCUUAAGUUAUGCAGUGGAGGAGCUACCCAGCACACCUUUCAAGCUUUCCAGACACUGUACCUAUGGAUCCGUGCUGUCAGAGAACUUGGUAGCAGGGAGAGAAGACACACUGGGAGAACAAAACACCAGGGACCAGAGAGUGACAGUAGUGGCCAGAUGGAGGAAUGGACACUGAAUAUUCUUCCUACCUCCACUAUCACCACCACCAAUGCCACUACCACCUGCCCUAUGCAAGGAGCUUCACACCCUUCCAAGCAUGCACUGUUCAGCAUGGCACCAGGAUCACAGGGCCCUGUGUUUACUCUUCUCAAUGCCAGCUGGGAAAAUCCUGCUAAAGGUGUCAGUGAGUUAGUAGUAAAGUGCAUGGAAGAGCUUCUGUCACUACAUGAGGAUGGGACAGAGGGGGCAAGGCAACAGCUGGCCAGAGACAUCCUUCAGGCUCUUCUCUAUUCCUCCUCUUCCUCUGUCACUUCUGUCUGGACCAGCAAGAGUACCUACCCUCCCUUGGCUCUUGCUCUCACUCAUCUAGGUUGUCAGGAGGCACUGCAUUUGUACCCAUCAUUGCCUGCCAGCCUUGUCUCCUCACUGGGGGUGAACCAUUUGGCACCAGCCACCACCACUGUGUACAAGGUGUUCCUGGCACAGCUUGGAGUAUCAUCCUGGUCACAGCACUUCCUGACCCCUAUUUCUGUUGUGCUCAGCUCUGAGGACAGAUUGACUCAGCAGCAUCUCCUUUCCUUGUGGCUUCCUCCAACCCUCAAGAAAUACCCAGGCAUCCACUGGGCACUCCUGGCAUCCUGCAGCAACACCACCCCUGGCUGGCUGUCCCGCAUGGCACUGCUCAGGACAGCACGCUCAGUGGGUGCCCUGGAGCUGGGAGAGCAAGGAAGCAGUGCCUUCAGUGUGAGCUGUGGUAAUACAUAUGAAAGGUCCAGCAUGGAAGCAGCCAGUAACAGCAAAGAAAGUGAGACUGAAGAGGCACUUAUUAUGCCUCACAUCCACACUGCACUGAGCCACAGAGAUGAGAAUGUCCGCCUGGAGGCACUGUCACUGCUGUGCCACACUCAGAAGACCUCCCAACCAGUGUCUCACUUUGAAACUGUGUGCCUGCAAAACUUCCUGAGGUGGAACAUGAACAUAGACUCAGCACCGUUUCGCCAAGGAGUGCUGAAGUGUGUGGCAGCCCUUCUGGUGAGGCUGAGGGGUGCCACAGCCUCCUACUGCAAGAGCCAAAACAAUAAGGGAGUAAGGUCUACAGUAAAGAAAACUGCAAAGGAACCUACCUUAACUCACAAUAGAAAUCAGAAGUGUGGAGUGGUGGAGGUCAGUUGUAGCACAGUGCUCAGUACCAGUGCUGAAUUGGUGAUGUGGCUGGUCAGAGAGGUUCAUCGUGCCAUGGCACCAGAUGCCAACUACCAGCGGCGCAUCCUAGCACUUCAGCUGUACAAAGAAGUGUUACUGGCACUCCUCCCAUCCUACACAGCUGUUCCUCACCUUGGGAAGCGAGUCACCAGCAGCCCUGAUUCUCUACUGCUGCAUCUCAACACCAUGACAGCAAAGAAGAGCACAAACCACUUGAACAACACCUCAGAUGGAAAAGACAAGGAAGGCAACCCAUCACUGCACUCCUUAAGCCCUGAGCUGGACAUUUAUGGGGACAGAAAGGCUUUAGACCAGCCAUUAAUUGACCUUGCCUUCCCAUGGACACUGCACACACUCCUCCACCUCUGCAUAGAUGAAAUGAAUGAUGUGAGGGCAGAGGCCAGGGAAAUCAUCCAUAUAUUCACCUCACAAGGAAGGAUGGCAUUAAGUUGCUCUGAGGGAAGGAAGUGGAUGAGACGUGCCAUGAAACUGUGUGACUCCCCUAAGGCCAGUGAUGCUGAGAGUGGAGGUACCCUGGCCCUCACAGUGGCUCUCUUAAUCCCUGAGGAGCAUCUGAAUGAGGUGCUGGAGGGAAUGUCUGGCAUGGAGUCUGAGGAGAAAGGUGGUGGUGGUGGUGGUUGUGAGUCAAGUGAGACCAACACUCCUUCCUCUUGGUCUCUGGGUGAGUACCUCCUUGCCAGAGUGGAGUGUCAGUUCAGCGUCGCCAAGACCAACCUCCUGUGGGCCGCCAGACAUGCACCCAUCCACGGCACACUUCAGGCUUUGGGGCAAUACAUCACUCAGAAGCAGGAGGAGGAACAGGAAGAGGUGAAGAAGAAGAUACAGCAAAAGAAAGAAGGAAAAAAGAAAGAGAAUGAAGUGGCAGAGAAGGCUUUCAUUCCUGCAUUCUCUCCUUCAUUCCUUCCUUACCUCACCUCCCUUCUCCAGCAUCUAGUGGAAUUUGUUUUAGACACUCUUGCCUCUACUUCCCCUCUUGGAUCAGCUGUGCCUCCAUCCUUUGCUGAAAUGGGGGAGGCUGUGAGGAAAGUGGUGGAGGAAGGCAAAGAGAAGCUGAAAGAGGAUGAGAAGAGCAAUAAUGUAGCUUUGUCUUCAGUUACAUCUUUACUGGAGCAGGAAAAGGAGGAGGACGUGGACAGGGAAGAGGAAGGAGGUUUACUCUCCAGUGAUCAUGUUCUUGUGCUUUCCUGUUGCUGGCAAAUUCUUAAGAGUUGCUGUGAAGUCACCAGUCGGCUUAUCCACCUUCUUGCUGGUGAACCCAAGGCAGCAGAUGACCUGAUCCGGGUUGUUGUGGUCAGGGUCCUACUCGGCACUCGACACAAGGGGGCCAUGGAGGCUGCCAGGGCCACCUAUGCCUCCCUCUGGAGCUGCCUACUACAGAAUGACACACUGAGAGGGCCAUUUGGGGUUCCUGACUCUUGUUUUGUUGAUAUUCUUCAUUGGCAGGUGGGUGAAGUGUUGCACAUGCUAGGGGCACCUCGAGGCACGUCUGUCACCCGGCGAGCAGCAGGUGUGGCCAUGAUGGUGCAAGCGGCAUGUGGGGCAGCACCUCGGCUCACACCCACACUGCUCACCACCACUGUGGCCUCACUCACUACCACUGCAUGCUCACAGGUGGGUAUGGAUGAGAGUGGUACUACUGAUGCCCCACAAGCCUUGGCUCUUCAUGUUCUGCAGUCUCUGGUCCUCCACUCUCCACUAAGCCCAUUUCUACGCCCACACCUCACAUCACUCACGUCCACCUGCCUCCAUGCCUUUGCCAGCCUAUCUUGGGCCAUACGGAAUGCAGCAUUACAGCUCUUUGGCUCACUGGUGUCAUCUUUGGUUGGCCAAAAGAAAGUGAGAGACGACACCUCAGCCCUCAAUAGUCUUACCACACCCGAGUUCGUUUCCCGACAUCCUUCCUUGGUGCAGUUGCUCUUAUCUGCUCUGAGUGGUGACUCAGAGUGCCACACUGAAGGUAGUGAGGAUAGUAAAGUGGCACCUGGCACACUCACAGACAUCCAAGACACAGACACAUUACCACCCCCAGUUAUACAGUUAUCCAAAGACACUGCUAAACACACAGAUAGACCAUAUAACACAAAAGAUACACACAACCAGAAUCACACACCCACACACAUGCACAUACACAUCAAGAGUGCCUCCAUCCUAGUGCCUGUACUGAGUCUUGUGGCCAGACUUUCACCUGGUACUGGACUCCAACAAAACCCACAUCUCACAAGAACACUCGAGCGACUCUGGCACUCAACUGCUUGCCUUCUUGAAUCCCCGGUUUACAAUGUACGCAGACUGGCAGCACUAGCACUCGUCUCCCUCACCCCAAGUAAUCAAGCACUCCCACGUGCCCUCAAGCUUCUCCUGAAAGCCUCUGAUCCAAUUACUACAACAAACUUAAUUCAUGGGCAUUUGUUAGCCCUGAGCAACUUCCUCCAAACACACCCCAACCUUGCAGAGGAGUCCAAGCUGAGAAAAAGUGCAUCUGCAUCACUCGCAUGGCUCUUUAGCCCAAGAAACAUUUGUCAUAUCAACACUGCCCUGGCACUCAAAAUCAUGAUGGUUUUAAACAUCAAUAUAAUGGAUGCCUGCCAUAUACCAGCACUGGACUCCUCCCUCCCAGGUGCAGCAGAAUGUCGCUCCACUCUCACCCUCAUGAAGCUCUCUCAUUGGCCAAGAAACACCAUCGAGAGCUUGUUUCUUUCAGAAGCACCAAUUAGGAUGGACCUUUUGGAGAUCUGCUCUGAUGCCAUUCUUUAUGAGAUCAAAGACUGCCACUGUGCCUCUUGGUUACUGAAGUGUGAAAGCUGUUUCUGGCACCAUCUUGAAGAAAGCAUUCUCACACCCAAGGCAAUGGCAGCAAUUCUUCAGUUCCUAACAGUCAUAAUGGAGAAGGUGGAGAGUGCUGGGUCCAGUAUCCCUACACAGGGGCUGGCAGUACUGCUUUCCUGCAUGAAGGGGUUGCAGGGCAGCAGUGCCACCUACGCUGCACUUGUCCUCUUGGCACACCUCAUGAGGCAUCCAGCAAACAUCACAGAAGACAUCCUUGCAGCCUUUGCAGGAGUUCUAUCCCAGCAUUCACACCCCACAUCCUCAGAAGACCAUCGACUGGCAGCAUCAGUAGCACUCAAAGUCGCCAUCAAGCCAAUCUUUACUUGCCAUCACCAAGUCAGCUUAACAGUCAGGAAGCAGCUCGUCAUGUCCACUGUGGCACUGCUCCAGGAUGAGGACUCCUUGAUCAGGGACACAGCUACUGGCAUUGUAGUGGCACUGGUCACACCCUCAGGAGCAAUUCAAGAACACACUCCUCAUUCCCAACCAAACCCACACCCUAACCUAGCUUUGUUCGAGUUCUUCAGGUAUUUGGCGGACAAGAGCAUGACAGACAGUGACUGGACUAUUCUGAGGAUACUCUGGGAGGUCUGUUUUGGUGAAGAAGGUUCAAAAUCUUUCUUUUCUGCAACAACUCUGACAGCCAGUCACUUGCGCCUCUUCCAGUCCCAUGCAGCUAACUUGUACCAUGAGCCAAGGCAAGUCAGUAUCUCAGUGGGUGUAGCCUUGAUGAAGACUAUUGAAGAACACAGACAGACUUCUGUUUGGGAAUCACAACAGCAGAAUACCUCUUGGAAUAAACAUCAGGCAGGAAAAGACUCCAAAUCUCAAGAAAACACCAACAUUGGACAAGAAAACGGUAACCCAUCUCAAUUUUCUGUGAGAGACUGGCUUGAGAAGGAGAGCGCCAAGCUAAACUGCCAAGGGGAAGCACUGUUUAGCAUGGCAUCAAAUCAUAAUUUUUGGCAUCACAGACAGCUUGCAUUUGAGGCAGGAGUUUAUGUGGUGUCCUGCAAGGUCUUUAAGCUACUGUGUGAAGUGUUUGGUGUGUCCCCAGAACUGGCAUACCUCCUUGUCUGGAGUGAGAAAGGAUAUGGCACAGUGGAUGAGAUGGGGUGAACAUAAUUGUAAAAUGAUGGGAGUUGAUGCUUAGUGGAGUGAAAGUUGGGCAAGAGAGGAUAGUUGUAAAAUGAAGGGAGUUGAUACUUAGUGGAGUGACAGUUGGGUGAGAGGAAUGAGAUAGAGGAAAGGGAGGAAACAGGCAGACACGUAUAGAAUGGUCACUCAUUACAGAGAGGGCCUGUGUUUAAGUCUGGACCAGCAAGGUGAGCCCAUGUUCUAACAGUAUGUAGGUGUGGGAUGUAAGCAAAGUGGUUGUGACACACACACACACACACACAGAAUGAUGAUGGUGCUGAUGACAUGUUUUAAAGAAUAUUUUGUGUGUACCUGACUCUGACCUUUAACUUCAUUGUUCUGGAAGAGUAUAUCUUUGUAAAAUAUUAAAUGCACAUAUAAAAUUUAAUAUUUUGUAGUAAAGUACCUAAAACC